AUGAACGACAUAGUCUUCACAACGCGCCGCAAUGAUAUCUCAGGCACUUGGCAUAUUGAUCCUUCACUUCCCCGUCCAUCCUCUCAAGAUCGUAUCGGUCGUAUACCGAGAAGGUUCAGAAGAGCUUCAGACCUCUCCCCUAACGUCGCUUUCAGCUCCAGACAUGGUGCUAUACGCGCGAGCCUGGCGCUCUCAGGUACAUCCCUAGAGUCUCCGAAGGCACUGAUGCGGAUGACAACCCGCACUGGUAACAUGCACAUUGACGUGUUCCAGAAGGGCCCGGAGAGAUACGUCGACAUCGACGCUUAUUCUCGACGAGGCAAUAUAAUCGUUCUCCUGCCCCAUAAUUUCAAGGGCAUGAUCGAACUUGGCUCUCGCCGCGGCAGAAUGGAUAUCCUCCCAUCCCUCGCAAAGACGGCGCGGAUCCUCAAGGCUACGGAUGAUCGAUUGCUCAUCCUCGUCGGAGCCAUCGAAACGUUUCCCUCUGACUCCAUACUAUCGGACCACUGCCAGCUGUACUCUCGCAGCGGAAAUCUGUGUGUGGGUUUUAGUGGUCAGGACACGGCGCCGGUCCCAGAAAUGAGUUUGUGGAAGAAGCUUGAAGGGCUAUUUUCGAAGGACCGUGUCGACCUUUCACAAGCCGUGCCCCCCUGAUUUGCAAGUGUUAUUUGUUCCCCGUGUCUUGAUUGUCCUCAUGUGGAAGCCUCGCUUUGUUGUUCCCGACAUGUAUUGCAACAUAUUUCUCUCUUCUCUGACUGCCGCAA